UCGAGGGAGGGGGCGAGGGAGGAAAGGGAGGGCAGCCGAGCCGGGGCCCACCCCUUUUUGCCUUUCCAGGCUGGGAGGCUGGGCCAGUGGGCCUUUUAACCAGCCGGGCAGUUGUGCCGGCCGCCAGCUCUGGACGCCCUGCCCGGCCCCUGUGGUCCCAGCCGCCGCAGCCCAGCCCGCCCGGCCAGCAUGCAGCAGCCGCCCCCGCCCGGGCCCCCGGCCCCCGCGGCUGAGCCCACCAAGCCUCCCUACAGCUACAUCGCCCUGAUCGCCAUGGCCAUCCAGAGCUCGCCGGGCCAGCGGGCCACGCUCAGCGGCAUCUACCGCUACAUCAUGGGCCGCUUCGCCUUCUACCGCCACAACCGGCCCGGCUGGCAGAACAGCAUCCGCCACAACCUGUCCCUCAACGAGUGCUUCGUCAAGGUGCCCCGCGACGACCGGAAGCCCGGGAAGGGCAGCUACUGGACGCUGGACCCCGACUGCCACGACAUGUUCGAGCACGGCAGCUUCCUGCGCCGUCGCCGCCGCUUCACCCGGCGGGCGGGCACCGAGGGCACCAGGGGCCCUGCCAAGGCGCGCCGCGGCGCCGGCAGAGCCGGCAGCCAGGACGCAGGUGCCCCGGGCACCGCGACGGGAAGGCAGUGCCCCUUCCCGCUGGAGCUGCCCGAGCCUAAGGGCCUCGGCUUCGGGGGCCUGGUGGGGUCUCUGCCAGGGCCCCUGUGCCCGGCAACCACUGACAGCAGGUCUCGGCCUCUGGCGGAGCCCAAGGAGAUGCCCACCCCCAAGCCCGCGGGUCCCGGGGAGCUCGCCGUGGGCACCUCGCCAUCCCCCUGCCCAGCGUUCGGCUUUCCCGCGGGCUUCUCCGAGGCUGAGGGUUUCGGCAAGACUCCCACGCCCAUCUUGGCCCCCGAAACGGGCAUCGCGAGCAGCUACCAGUGCCGGCUGCAGACGCUGAACUUCUGCGUGGGAAGCGACUCGGGCCUGGAGCACCUCUUGGCCUCAGCAGCCCCCUCUCCGGCGCCCCCCACCCCGCCAGCCUCGCUCCGAGCCCCCCUGCCCCUGCCAGCUGACCCCAAAGAAUCCUGGGUGGCCGGAGGCUUCCCUGUCCAGGGAGGCUCUGGCUACCCACUGGGGCUGCCACCCUGCCUCUACCGGACACCAGGAAUGUUCUUCUUUGAAUGAAGCCGGCCUGGCCCUGGGCAGCUCCUGCCAGGUCGCGCCUGGCUCCGGGUUCCGGGGAGCCCUCCGAGGACCUCUCUCUGGCGAGCCGACGGCCCCGGGACAAGAAGCCAAGA